GCCUGAAAUCAAAGAGCCGCAAACUGCUCCACGUUUUUGAUUGGCUGUACUAUAUGACGUCAGAAUACGUCAUGUUUGCGAAGAAAAAUCGUACAGUUCGCUAGCUGUCUGCUAGAUAAGAAGGUUGCGAGGUUAUUUUACAUUAAAAUGUGAAGGCAGAAAAAUAAGAGUGUGUCUAUCAAAGAAUACAAAUAUUUGUAGUUAUGUUGCGGUGUUUAAAUAUUGAUUUGCAUCAUGGUACGAGUAUGUAGUGCAAAUAAUUGUUCAAAUAAGUAUAGUACUGGGAUAAAGUUCAGGAGGUGCCCUUGUAUUCCUCAUCUGCGGCAACAAUGGAACAUUUCAGCAGAGAAGAUUUACAAACAAAUACUCGAAGCCUUAUUCCUAUAAUUUUUUGCAACUGCUCAAAUACUUGUAGGAAUGUCAAACCUUUGCAGGUCAAUAAUAAAACUUUUAAUCCUUUAGAAGAUCAUCCAGGACUACCAAAACAUCUACAGAAUAGGAACAAAAAGACAAGUAAUAAAGAGAAUGAAAAACUUUGCAUCAAAAGAGGACGUCCAAAAAAAGAAGUAUACAUAAGACACAAUGUCCCAUAGCCUUAAGAAGACAGAUCGUUUCAUCUUUGGUUCCUCGACCAACUGCGAUAGAGUCCACUUCUCAAAGAAAUGUAUCUUCUAGCUAUAUGCAUUGUAAUAAUCAGUCGAGUCAUAAUGUAACACAUUGUGAUAUGAAUAUGAAUGUGGACCUUAGUGAAUGUAAAAUACCUUCCAGCAUUGUGCAAUACGAUAAUCAGUCGAGUCAUAAUAUAGGAGUAACAUCUUGUGAUACGAAUAUGAAUAGAGACCUUGACGAAUGUCAAGUACCUUCUAGCAUUAUGCACUGUGAUAAUCAGUCGAGUCAUAAGAUAGGAGUAACACAUUGUAGUGCGAAUAUGAAUGUGAUUCUUAGAGAAUGUAAGGUACCAUUGAUAGCAAGUAAGAUGAAUGAAGUCCAAACAAGAACUGAUUUUAACCAAAGUAUUAAUAAUAAUAAUCAAAGUACAAAUAAUAAUACUGGUCUAAGUGCAAUAGCGGAACUACGGGACUUUAGUCAAAGUAAUAACAUUCAUACAUUGACAAACUCCAUAUAUGAAAAUGUUGAACAAUGUGGGAAAUCUAAAAGUAAUGUUAAUUCAAAGAGUAGCAUUGUGAUAAGUACUACAAGAUAUAGCAGAAAUUCGGAGUGUGAAUCUAUUAAUAACAAUAUAAUAGUGAGAAACAUGACUGGAUCUGAUAGUUAUAUAAUAUUUGAUAAUACAAUACCUGAUAAUACAAUACCUGAUAAUUCUAUAAUAGAAGGAAGUCCCAGUCGUAAUCCUAAUAUUGUAAACAGUUGUAUGACAUAUAAUACCAGUACCGUAGAAUGUAAAAAUUAUUUUAUUCAAAAUUGUCGGAAACUUAUGCUGAAACAAUCCAAAAUUCUAUCUAUUGAUAUUCAACCUACAUUGAAUCCAUCUUUGAAACUUGAUAGUAUUUUACAGCAAAACCGUGUCCUGAAAAGAAAAGUUGACAGUUUACGUAAAUUAGCUACAUAUUGGCAGAAAAAGUUAUCAUCUUUUAAGAACAAAUUGUCUUCUCGCUUUGGGGAGGAUCAGCUUAAUGCUCUAUGUUUGAGUUCGAGUCGCGGCAGUAAAUGGACAAAUAAGACAUUACAAAUCACUUUACAGUUGCAUUUUGCAUCUGGCACCACUGGAUAUCAAUUACAGUCACAGCUACAAAUGCCUUUGCCGUCUGUUCAUCUUCUUCAAUUUAAACUUCAACAUGUACAGUUCUCGCCUGGUUUGUUGCAUGACAUUUUUAAGCUUCUUCAUAAAAAAAUAAGCUCAAUGAAAACUAUAAACAAAGACUGCGUUCUUAUUUUUGACGAGAUGGCAAUUCAGAAGAAAAUUGAUUACAAUGCAGGAACCAAGUCAUACAUAGGUUGGUAUACUAUACCAGGAGCAAAACCAAAAGUAACUUCACAGUUAAAGCUUCAAUAUCCUGAUACAAGAGAGAAAUGGCGGACUGAGGUAUCCCUAUCAAUGCUAAAGGAAAAGCAGUCAAAGAUCGCUGUCUAGAAAUUGUACGUGAGUCGUACAAAGUGGGAAUAACAGUUCGUGUUCUGACUUGCGACAUGGGUAAUCGUAAUGUAUGGAAAGCCCUGGGAAUAGAAGUGGGUCCGCAGAUACUGAAUAACAGCUUCUGCCAUCCAUGUGUUGAAGGUAUCGCAGACCAACACCUACACCACUUCAAGUAACGCAACGGCUAAGACAAACUACUAUUUCAAUGCUUUUGAGGGAAGUACCUGGAAGUAGUUAUGACUUUGAGACAGAGGGAGAAAUACUUAUUAAUAUCUUUGAAGAGUUGAAAUUUGCUGCUUUGGAUACUGCUUUGAAUAACAAUGGAGAUUGGCCAAGAGACUUUAUAAUUCUACCUUUCACAGUACCACAAAAAGAAAAUAAAGUGCUGUACAGAGUAGCAGGCUAUGUGGUUCAUCAAGUUUUUACAGUUACAAAGUUAGACUUAAUUUGUUCUACAUGUUCUUCAGCUGUACUUCAUAAGGAUCCUCAGGCUCAUCCAGAAAGUGAAUUUACUCGCCAAACAAACUAUGCAAAUUGUUCUCAAGUACAAGUUUCCGAUGAAAUUUUCACUCUGAUCGUGAAAGCAGAAGAAUGUUUUAGAGGUGUUGAGCACGUCAUCACAUCUGUCCGUAAAAAUGCAGACAUAUUUUUGACAAAUAUAAUGAAGGAGUUUCCAAAUUUGUAUGCUUCCGCUAUACCAAAGUGU